CCUACAAUGGAGAAUGUUUCCAAUGUCUUAGUGUUCACUCUUACUGGAUUGAAUCUAACGAUGGAAAACAAAUACAUGUUCUUUUCCUUAACAGUACUGGCUUAUAAUCUGAUCUUGUUAUGUAACUUCUCCAUCAUUUUUUGUGUUGCAUUUGAUAAACAGCUUCAUGAACCUAUGUAUAUAUUUUUGUGUAAUUUGUGUAUAAAUUCUCUGUACGGCACUUCAGGAUUCUACCCUAAAUUCAUGUAUGACUUACUCUCCCCGGCCCAUGUCAUUUCCUAUUCAGGAUGUUUGUUUCAGGUAUUUGUUAUUUACUCGUCAGCUUUAUGUGACUAUUCAACUUUGACAGUAAUGGCGUAUGACAGGUACAUGGCCAUAUGCCGACCGCUGGAAUAUCACUCUGAAAUGACAAACCAAAGAAUUUUUAAAUGUAUUCUGUUUUGUUGGAUUCCACCAUUUAUUUGCAUGGCUGUUAUAGUCUUGUUAGCAGCAAGAUUAACCUUAUGUGGUUCAACUAUUGAAAAGCUGUACUGUGAAACGUGGGCAGUUGCUAAAUUGGCCUGUUCCUCUGCAACUCUGAAUAAUGUGUUUGGAUACAUAGUGAUACUUGUAUAUUUUGGACAUGCAGUAUUGAUCGCUUUCUCAUACAUGCACUUGGUUAUAAACUGCAGGAAAUCAAAAGACAGCAGGUAUAAAUUCAUGCAGACUUGUGUGCCACACUUAGCAGCACUGUUUAAUAUCACUAUUGCAUUGUUGUUUGAUGUGUUUUAUAGUCGAUAUGGUUCAACUUCUGUGCCUCAAAGCUUGAGGAAUUUCUUGGCUCUGGAUAUCCUUUUAAUACCUCCAAUUUUAAAUCCUAUUAUCUACGGACUGAAACUCACUAAAAUACGCAGACACCUUGUGAAACUGUUUCUUAGGUACAAAUCAUGA